GUGUAUAAUAAUAAGAGAAUAAUUCUGAUUGACUUUGAUUCAUAAACUGGCCAAAUUGGAGAGAGACAGCGUCGCCAAGCUGACGCAGAUUUUAUUCGGGAUGAUUUAUUAAUGGGAGACAAUUAACGAGAUGUACGGACUGUAAAAAUAAAACGGCAACUCUGAUCGUAAUUUAGCGAGCAAUUUCGAUGAUUAUUGAUCUGAUCAUCUGAUUGAGAAACGUCGACAAAAAUACUCGCGUGUCACGUUCGAUUUCGCAGGGUAGUUCCGGCGCCGCAACAAAGAGGGUGACGGCGAAAGGACACGCAGGGGCUCCAUCUGGUCUCGACGUGGUCGGUCACUCUUGCAGAUUCGCGCUCUCGUAGGCGUCGGUACUUCCGUGCGCAAGUACAUCGGGGAUGAUUGUGGGCGUCGGAGAACGUGGCUUCGACACGGCAGCGCCCGUCUAUGACGUCAUAUUUAUUUCAUUCCACCGUGCCAACAUGCGUCCGGCUUGUCUUUUCAGCGUUGCAACUGUGUCAUCCCGUUUAUCUGGUUCUCUCUACCUUUACCGCCGCUACCCUCCUCCCCAUUCGUCGCCGCGACGUGCCAGUUAUGCAGCAGUGACGUUCAACAUGUCGCUUUUUUAUCUUCCCUCUCAGCUAAUGCUCAUUGUCCCACAUGUACACGUGCUCGCGGAACAAUUCUCGCGUUCAUUUUCUGAUUUACUGAUUUGCGUUUGCGGCCAACGCUAUUAUAGCGUAUUCUCCAACUAAUUAGUUAUUGCUGGAUUGCUUUGGCAAUCGGCACGCUACUCCAAUACGAAUAAAUAGAAUAAAUCGCGAUACGAAGAGGACGAACAAUCAAGCGAAUGUUUCACGAUGGAUAAUCGCGCGAUUGUCGUUAAUCGAGACAGAUUUCAUCGCGUGGUUCGAAAGUAAAGGAAGUAUAUUUAUGAAAGUGUUUGAUCGCAUCGGCAUUAAGCGUGCGACACCGGAUAAAUAUCGCGGAUAAUAAUACGCCGGAUAUAUAACGAGAGGAGAACCUGUCACGCAACUCGCACGAGCGAAUACACGCAAAUCGAGAGCGAAGGGUUACAAAUACCUCCAUCGUCAUCCCUCUUCUCCGUCGAACAUCCGCCACGAUUUCUCCCGUCUCAAUAUCUCCCACGCUUCCACUCCCUCCAUUCAUCCCCCCUUGUCCUCGCAUCCCGCUGCAGCUACCCCUCCAGUCUAUCUCGCGUAUCUACCCUCUCCCUAUCACGCGCUCUCCUUUCUGCAUUAGCUCGCGCGCACCCGUGGUCGCUUCUCACCAACCCUCGGCGAUUCUCGUCAUCAUCCCUCGCGUCUCGCGAGGACCACCGAGACGCGUCGCCUCGGUCGUGUCCCCGCGUCGUCUGCCAACGUCGUCGGUCGACGUCGGUGUGUGGUGGUCACAGAGCUCGUCAUCGUCGCCGUCGCGCUCGCCGUUGUCGGCUCCUCCGGCGCGCAUCAAUCGCCAGGAGUCACCUGCCGACGAUAGAUCAUCGCGAGUAUUCGGUCGUGAGUGCCGCGCGAAAGGACACCCCUCGCUGCUGGUGGAUCCUGGCGCGUGCCGCGUACGCGCGCGCGCGCGAACAUGAACGUCUCGCGGGCGCGAGACGCGCCGACGAGAUAGUCUACGAGGAGGCUGGCAGGCUCGCGGGUUUAUCCCUCGAUCCCCACGCACCGGGAGAGCGGGACACUUUGAGAGGGAAAAAGAAUCGGGUAGAUCGAUAGACCAGCUGGUGUGCGUGUCACAGCGUUUUCACAGCCACGCGUUUUCGGUGCAGUCGUGAGGGGUGCGGUCCAGGAUGGUGAAGGCACCGAGCGUGGCAUCCACCGCCGGGGGUGGCCCGGCGGGCAUCAGGAGAAUCCAUCCCGGUCCCGAGAUCGCCAUAAACCCGAGGAACCUGCCUACAGCCACCGCGAGCAUGCCGCUCGCCAUGCGAGGAGACGCUAAUGCCGUCGGCAGGACGACACCCGUUUAUCAUCCCCAGGUGGAUGUCUCCACGCAAGUAGAUCUCCAUGGUGGCUUUGGUCCCGGAGGUGCGAUCAGCGUGGACUCGUGGGACCGUCGCGCAACCCCGUUGUACUCGCGCGAGGACAUCAAGGAGCAAUACUGCAUCACCAGCCGGCAGCUGGACGCCGUCGAGAAAUCAGGCGGCGGUUUCUUCGGAUGUCUGUCCACGCGAGGCCCGUCGCCGUGCAGCACCACAAGAAAUUCUAUUCUGUCGGCGUGCGUGCGUAGUGUUCCCAGCGACGAGAAUCUGUGCGACGCGCCGUAUCCCCGCAGACCCUUACAGAUUAUGUACCGUCAGCCUUAUCCGACCUACUCCCGCGGUCUGUCGAGGUACGACUUCGAGGACGAGGCGGAAUGGAUCGAAAGUUCCUACUUUAGACGGCGCCCGAGAUCGUUUUGCACGGUGCCUGAUCCAAAGAGAUACACGUGGGUCCCAGAGGAUGAAGAAUCGACGAAACUGGAAGGUCCACGACCAGUGUUACCACCUGUACCACCUCCUCCCGUUUCCGUAACGACAACGACGACGACGCAAGGUCCGCAAGCUCCAAAGACGAAACAUGUGAGCUUUGCGAGGUCCCACACGCUCACGUCAUUUGAAGUUCCGAGGAGUCCACCGAGGCCACACAAUCCGGAACGUCUCAUAGACUCGCAGCCGACAAUGCAGAAUACUAUACUGCCAUCAUCCCUGCCCUUACACCCUUAUCCUGGUGUCGAACCCCGUGUCCUCGUACUUGAGAAACCACCUAAACGCGGUGCCAUGAAAACUCAGGCGACGCAGACUGAGAUCCCAGCCAUGUUCCGCGGUCGCGUACUUCCGGUGACUCUCAGUCCUCGAACCAUUCGUCGUGUCAAGAUGGUUUCGCAGGGCGCGCAAACAAACGGUAUUUUCAACGGGAGAAAAUUGACCAAGAGCUAUUCGGAAGCUGGACAAUUGGGAACGCCUCUCGGACAGGGUGGUGCCUCCGCGAAAGAGGAAACCGAUCACGAGCCGCUCCAUAGGACUCAAAGCGAAGAGCCACCGAGGUCACCGUUUCUCGUUUCAAUGACACCACCGCCACCAUUUCUUUCUGCUGUCGCCACCGUUGUUGUCGAAGAGCCAUUACCAAACGGAGACAUUGUGAUUACUCAUUUGAAAUCUCAAGAACGUCGCAGGUCACUUGAUUUCGACGACCAGGAGAUUUUCAUAAAUUUCAAACCGGCGCCAGUAUCACCGGAUGCUCGGGCACUUCUUAGUCGGAUUUCCGAGCCCACCCGUAGGCUUCUUCCUCUUCAAAAGACCUUUUCCGACGGCGAAAUUCAAGUCGAAAGGCGCGAACUCAUUGGAGAAAGCGGUGAGCCGAGUUACCCGCAUACUUGCAUAAGGAAUCAGCAGGAUCCUUGGGGCAGAACUGUCAGAGCACCCGUCCAAUUUUCCUCGACACCCGAGGACCUGUCCCUCCUACGAAGCCUCUCACCUUCUCAAGAGGAUCACCACGAAGAGGAAUUUCACGAGAAUCUGAUACGUCGGGGUCUCUUUCGAAAGAGAAGCGUAUCGCUCGAAGAUGGUGUACAAGGUUUGCCAUCAGACGAUUUUAUGCUUCCUAGAUCACUUCCAACUUCACCCACGUCGCCAACCGUAGCAGCAACACCGCGCAGGAUCUCGCAAACUCCAAAAGAUUCGCUGCCAAGUUGCACCUUACUACAAGCUGGGAUCUAUCCGCCUAGUUUCAGUACCGGGAUCGCCGGUACUGGGAUCAUCGGUCAGGUGGCUUCACCAUUCGCCUCGAGCGAUUCUUUGACAAACGACGUGACCAGGGACCACAGCGAUGGCAUAUGGAACGAGUCACAAGCGACGGUACUCCAGGCUGACUCGUUGGCUUUACUAACGCCGUCUUCGAGGAGGAGACACCUCCUGCUUCUACAACAUCAGCAACGUUCCUCGAUGGAUACCGAGGCUCUGGACGUGGAAGACGAGGUGGAACCUUGCCCACCGAGUCCCAGGAUACGUCUGGAACCUGCUACUCCGGUGCAACCCCUCACACCAAGACUCACUUACAUACAAGAUCUGUUACCGGCAGAGUUUCAACAAAUGUACUACAAUGAUGUAUCCUCAACAGCAUAUUUUUAUGCGUAUGAUAUGUAAGAUACUACGAUGCAUUUAUAGUACUACGAUCUCCAGUAAUCCCCGGAUUGAAUCUUCAAAUUCAGUAUCUCCGAUGACUGAUACCACCUUCUUUUCAUUAUAUAAAUUUUUCUCAUUUCCAAAUCACUUUCCUGAAGCUUACUGACAUGUAGUAACGUCUAAUGCAGUAAUUUAUAAGCUUGUAAAUACUAUAAUCUUGUAAAUAUCUUUCCUCUUCUCUGUCUCUCUUUCGACGAUAAUAACCAUUUUGAUUAACAGUUUCAUUGAUAUAAGCGCGUGUAUGCACAUGUACAUGUACGCCCGCUCCCGUACUUAUUCCCCUGAGUAACGCCAAUGUUAAUUAACAUACAUGUUUUCUCCUGAAUCACACACGUAAUUAACGAUGUAACAUUCAUCCCUUGAUAUCCGCGUUAAAAUGCUGUUGUUUCCCCCUCUUUGUAGUUUAGAUUACAUACGUCGGAUUAACACUCGU